UUUUACGACUGUCCAGAGGAUCCUAUGUUACAAUUAUCCUGGCGGGUUUUGUGUAACAUCCCGAGGGCGAAAGGCAAAGUGCCAACUCCCGUGGACUUUCUAAAAAUCUGCUCGAGCCAUUUUAAUUUUACUGAACCGAAAAAUACGAGUACAGCGGCAGAUGCAAAAAGGCAGGAGAGAAUAACUCAAGACGUAUUAAAAUUUAAUAUAAACACUGAAACAAAGGCCAUAAAAGCUUUAAAAGGUAAAAUAGCAAAAAAGAAAAAAGUGGUAGACAAUAAAAAUAAAAAAGUGUCCUGCUUAAAGCUAACCCUGGAAAGUGUCACCAAAAGUAAUCAAACCCAGAAACCAGGACAUUUUACUUUAGAGUCCAAACUGACCCCGGCACAAAUCGAGGUACUUAAAGGGGAAAAAAAGAAAGUGUACUGGUCGGACGACGACCUUGCCCAAGCAUUUUCCUUACGGCAUAUGGCCGGCAAAGACUUUUAUUUAUAUUUAAAAAACACCCUGAACUUUCCUCUGCCCGCUUUGGCUUGUGUGCAAGCGUGGGCCGGAGCAGACUAUGACAACCCCUAAAUCAAUUAAUUUAAAAAUGUCAGGUAACGGUCAUUUCUUGUGCAACAUCAUUGGGUGUAAAAAUAGUGAUUUAAAAACUGUCGAGUCCACUCCUCUGUUUCGUGUUCCCAAGGAUAAAAGGGCUCGCUUAUGGAAGCAGGUUCUUAACGGUUAUAUAGGGGAUGCUGUGGCGCAUAAGGCGUAUGUUUGCAAGGAGCAUUUUAAGCCCGAGGACUUUUAUGACGAGCAUAAACUGAAGAAAACUGCUGUUCCUGAUGUGUCUUGUGGCAAGUCAACUGAGGAUAAGGAUGGUUCAAAUAAGGAAAAAGAUUCAAUUGAGAGCAGUAGGGAGACACUGAAGAAUUUGAAGGUUAUUAGGAAAGUCUUGGAGGGUGAAUAUAACCAACUCCAAGAGCAGGAAACGCUCCUGAACAAAACCAUCGAGAGCCUUAAGGAAAAAAUCGCCAAUCCAAACCCGGACAUCCCGAAAAUCCCCGAAAACCACACAGAACUGCUCAGAAAAUGCUUUUCCGCGGCUCAAAUCGACUUAUUCACGAACCGCACCGAGUCACCGAAAUGGGAUCAGAACGAUUUCGCUCUCGCUUAUGUGGUUUACAGUAUGACCUCCUCUGAGGUCUACAAUCACUUGAGGGAUCACGUUCGCUACCCCCUACCGAAACUGGCAGAGGUUUUUCGUUAUUUAAGGGAACACAGGGCAAAAAGUAAGGAGGCCAAAAGUACCGAAGACGAACCAGAGGUCGAAACCAUCGAAAUUUAUACCGAAGAAGAGGAGAUGGAAACCUGCGAUGUUGCGGAGAGUGAUCCCGAGAUCGAAACUAUUCAAAUUUUAGGUGAUGAUGAUGAUGAGGAGGAGGAAUUAAUUCAUUAAUUUUAGUUUAGAGUUAUAAUUAUUAGUUGAAUUUAAUUAAACACAUUACUGUUUAUAGUAAA